AUGAAGUCUCUCGCUGUGUUGGCGCUCAGCGCCAUCGUAUCUCCAGGCGUUUGGGCCAGGCCAGCAGAUGGGGUUGAAAAGUUCCUGAUCGAAACCGCACCUGGACAGACUCGCUGGGUUACUGAGGCUGAAAAGUGGAAGCUGAAGGAGCAAGACGUCAACUUCUUCGACAUUACAGACUCGCCCGAAGACGACUUCACCGUUGCCGCUGAGCAAAUCGUUGCUCAGUUCCCUUCGCAAUUGAGAUAUGCGGCAGAAGUGAAGCCUCUGUUCUCCAAACUCUCCGCCGCUACUAUGAGGAGGGAUCUGGAGAAGUUUUCUUCAUUCCACAACCGCUACUAUAGGGCCCAGACAGGCGUCCAAUCCGCAGAAUGGUUGUUCGACCAAGUCAGCGAUAUUGUUAGGCGCUCCGGAGCCCGUGGUGCAACUGUCCAGAAAAUCAAGCAUUCAUUCAUCCAGCCUAGCAUCGUGGCGACUAUCCCAGGAAAGAGCAGAAACACCAUUGUGGUUGGCGCUCAUCAGGAUAGCAUUAAUGGAAGACAGCCUAGUGGCCGUGCGCCAGGAGCUGAUGAUGACGGGAGCGGGUCCGUCACUAUCCUUGAUUCUCUUCGUGUUCUUCUUUCGUCCCCAAAGAUCGCUCGGGGAGAAGGGGAGAAUACCAUUGAAUUCCACUGGUAUGCUGGUGAAGAAGCAGGAUUGCUGGGCUCGCAAGACAUCUUCAGACAAUACAGAGCUGCUCGUAAGCCAGUGAAGGCUAUGCUGAACCAGGAUAUGACCGGAUAUACCAGGGGAAGAGAAAGCGCUGGGCUCCCAGAAGCCUUUGGUGUGGUUACAGAUUUCACGACUCCAGCCUUGACAGCUUUUACCAGACUUGUCAUCAGGGAGUACACUGACAUUGCCUUCGUCGACGACACCUGUGGCUACGCUUGCUCCGAUCAUGCCUCAGCAAGCAGAAAUGGUUUCCCAUCAGCAUAUGUCCAUGAAUCUGACGGAAGACACGACAACCCUUACAUCCACACCACCGAAGACACUAUCGAGAAGCUCAACUUCAAUCACAUGGUGAAGCAUGGCCAGAUGAUCGUUGGUUGGUUGUACGAGCUUGCGUUUGCCAGACUUUGA